UGCUCCUUGAAUACUAUAAAGAAGCCAAUUGUCCUCUACCAAACACAGCAUGAAGAACAAGGGAUAUCUUCCUUCCUAGCUCAUGCCAAGAGUUUGUCUCUCCUGAGUUCUGAAGGUACCUUAACUAUGGGCGAAGUAGGCAAUGACAGGAAAGCCAAGGCAGCAAAGAAUCAAAAGAGCUACUUCGACGUGUUGGGUCUCUGCUGCUCGUCCGAAGUCCCCCUGAUUGAAAAAAUUCUGAAGCCUUUGGAUGGUGUUCAGAAGGUUUCAGUGAUCGUUCCCUCAAAGACAGUCAUAGUAAUCCAUGACAGCCUCCUCAUUUCUCAACAUGAGAUAGCUAAGGCACUGAACCAGGCAAGAUUGGAAGCUUCGGUUCGCGCAUAUGGCACUGCAAAGAGUACCAAGAAAUGGCCAAGCCUAUAUAUAUUGGCUUGUGGAGUGCUACUUCUGGUCUCACUGUUUAAGAAGUUCUUCCAUCCACUGCAAUGGUUUGCGAUAGCUGCAGUGUUGGUCGGCAUACCACCAAUCAUGCUGAGAAGCAUUGCAGCCAUUAGGAAGCUUACACUGGACAUCAACAUCCUUCUACUUAUCGCAGUUGGUGGGGCAGUUGCAUUCAGGGACUAUUCAGAAGCUGCCUUUAUUGUGCUCCUGUUCACAGUUGCUGAAUGGUUGGAAUCAAAGGCCAGCAGUAAGGCCACAGCAGGGAUGUCCUCACUGAUGAGCAUGGCUCCUCAGCAGGCUGUUCUAGCUGAAACAGGUCAGGUUGUGGAUGUCGAGGAUGUCGAAAUUAAUACCUUAAUUGCAGUCAAAGCAGGAGAAGUAAUCCCAAUAGACGGCAUCGUAAUCGAUGGGUGGAGUGAAGUUGAUGAGAGAAGCCUUACAGGAGAGUCCUUCCCUGUAGCCAAGCAAGCUAAUUCCCUGGUUUGGGCUGGCACACUCAGCAUAGAUGGUUAUGUUAGUGUGAGAACAACUUCUCUUUCAGAGAACUCUGCAGUAGCUAAAAUGACAAGUUUGGUGGAAGAAGCACAAAGUAGCAGGUCAAGGACACAGAGAUUGAUAGACUCCUGCACGAAGUACUACACACCAGCUGUGGUGAUUGUAGCAGCUGGAGUGGCAUUAAUUCCUUUUCUAAUGAGAGCUAGCAACCCCAGAAGCUGGUUCCAAUUGGCACUGGUCCUUUGUGUGAGUGCAUGUCCAUGCGCACUGGUGCUGUCCACUCCGGUUGCAACCUUUUGUGCACUCCUGAAAGCAGCCAGGACAGGGCUCCUCAUCAAAGGAGGGGAUGUUCUUGAAGCCCUGGCCAAGAUUAGAGUUGUGGCGUUCGACAAGACAGGGACGAUAACAAAAGGAGAGUUCACUGUUGUGGAGUUUGAAUCGAUGAGCGGCAAAGUCAAUCUUCAUACACUUCUUUAUUGGGUGUCAAGUAUCGAGAGUAAAUCGAGCCAUCCAAUGGCAUAUGCACUUGUUGACCAUGCUCGUUCAUAUUCUAUCGAACCAAAACCAGAGAGUGUAAAGGAAUUCCGAAUCUAUCCUGGAGAAGGAAUUUAUGGAGAAAUAGAGGGAAGAAACAUUUAUAUUGGGAACAAAAGAAUAGCAGCAAGGGCUUCAUCUGAGACAGUUCCAAACAUGGCGGACAUGAAGGGGGGAGUCACCUAUGGUUAUGUGUUCUUGGACAUGAUACAAGUUGGAACAUUUGCCCUAUCUGAUACAUGCCGAACAGGAGCUGCAGAAGCUAACAAGGAGUUGAAAUUAUUGGGCAUCAAAACAGCAAUGCUCACUGGAGAUAGCACAGAAGCAGCAAUGCAUGCACACGGACAGAUAGAGCAUGGAAUGGAAAUAAUUCAUGCAGAGCUUCUACCAGAAGACAAGGUUCACUUGAUUGACAGUCUCAAGAAAAGGGAAGGGCCUACAGCAAUGGUGGGAGAUGGGGUGAAUGAUGCACCUGCAUUGGCCAUGGCAAGCAUUGGGAUCUCCAUGGGGGUAUCAGGCUCUGCGGUUGCAGUGGAGACCAGCCACAUAACCCUCAUGUCGAACGACCUCCGCAAGAUUCCCAAAGCCAUAAGGCUGGCGAGGAAGACGCGAUUUAAGAUCGUCGCAAACAUCGUCUUCUCGCUGGCAACAAAGAUUGCCAUCUUGGCCAUGGCCGUCGCGGGGCAUCCACUUCUUUGGGCAGCAGUCCUAGCUGACGUCGGCACAUGUCUGCUGGUCAUCUUCAACAGCAUGACCCUGCUGCAAACAAGCAAACCCUCGCAGGCAAAGUGCUGCAGCUCUUCCCACAACAGGCUCAAGGAACGGCGGCUGCAGAGCCCGAGCUUCCAGGAUGAGCAUUGCUGCCAUGAUCAUAAGAAGGCCAUAGCCGUGACUGAUGCAAACCAUACCAGUGAUGGUUGCUGCAUGGCCAAUGGGGAUGACUUUGGGAGAGAAAGAGGCUGUUCGUCUGCAGAAGAGACAACAGGGAGGAGAGAGAUUGGUGGGUGCUGCAGGAGUCACACAGAUGGUUACUGUGCAGGUGAGAGUGCAGUGGUACAAAUGCCUGAGAUCAUAACAGAGUGGGAGAGGGAGAAGACAGCAGCUACCUGAUCACAAGGCUCAGAUAGAUUCAAGGAAAGAUUCUAUUGGAAUCUUGUUGGACUCAUCCAAUUUUUAUGG